CGGACCUCGCGGAUUGGAUAAUCGCUUGCCCCGCCCCCGCCCUCGAACCGUCAUGGCGGCGCCCGUUCCGGGGAUCACGUGAGCGAAGGAGCCGGUCGCGGGGCAAGAUGGACUUUGUGAUCCUCUUCGGCCUGUAUCUCGGCCUGGUGCUGCUCAGCGUGGUGGUCUGCAUCUCCUCCCGACGGGAGCAAAGCUUCUCUUGGAGGCUCAUCAGGGGCACAACGCAAGUGUUCUCCUAUGUGAUUCCAGCUCCAGUUCACAGAGCAGCUCAAAAGGCGAUUCAUGGACUCUUCCAUACACGGAAUUCUUUCUUUGUGGUCUUGCACUUGAUCUUGGAAGGGCUGGUUUAUGGCGAGUAUACCUGGGAAGUGUUCGGCUACUGCCAAGAGCUGCAGUUCAGCAGUCUUCUCCUCCUCCUUCCUUACCUCCUGUUGGCUGUGAAUGCAGCUUUCUUCAUCCUCUGCUCCAGAAGUAAUCCAGGUAUCAUCACCAAAUCCAACCAGCUUCUCUUUCUUCAUGCAUAUGCAUACGAUGGUCUGAUGUUUCAACAAGAUGCUGAAUGCCCUACCUGUGCCGUGAGAAAACCAGCCAGAUCCAGACAUUGCGGCGUGUGCUGUGGCUGCAUACAUCGUUUUGAUCACCACUGCGUUUGGGUCAACAACUGCAUUGGAGCCUUCAACAUCCGGUUCUUCCUUUGCUACCUGCUCACUUUGAUCUCCAUGGCAGCUUCUAUUGCAGCUCUAACAGCCAGCUUCCUCAUCCAGGUGGUCCUUUUGUCAAAUCUUACAUUGGGAUAUUAUACGGAUGACCAAGGUCAAGAACAUUCAGUUGAUACCUUCUUUCUUAUGCAGCAUCUGUUCUUGACCUUUCCUAGAAUUGUAUUCGUGCUGGGCUUUGUCAUCCUUCUGUUGGUUAUACUGGGCUCCUAUUUCUGCUUCAUCCUGUAUCUUGUACUGACCAACCAGACGAGCAACGAAUGGCUUAAAUCAGCAAGAUAUACACACUCAUACUCAGAGCAAAACAGCAGACAGGAAGGCUAUCAAAAUAUUUACUCCAAAGGAGUCUGGGCCAAUCUGGCAGAAAUUGUGAUGCCUCUGACAAGUCCUGCAAAGAAAAGGAAGUGAAUCCCUCAACACACACACCCAUGGCAAAACAGUCUGCACCUUACAAACUUACCUUCUGUAGAAUGAAUUUUUAUUCUGCUACUAAAUGAUGAAUACUCGGAAGCGGGAAAUGAGUUAACAUAUUAGAUUGUUAAUGGUGAGCACCGAGUGCUAUCCUUUGCACUUUUAAAAAAAGUUUGCCUGCUAAAAAGCCCCGGGGAUGAGGUGAUACAUUGAUAUUGUGGUGAAAGUGAUUGGUCACGCAGUUAGGCAGCUCUUUAGAUAUGAUUUGGCAUCUUUAUCCACCUAUUGAGUCCCUCCCAAGGACCUGGGAAAAGCAGAUGUUGUUUGAUGGAGUAAAAAGCAUCAUUGCAGGAUUUAAGCUGUUCCGUGUCAAGCUCCCUUUUACAAUUGACUGAAGAGACUUUCCAAAUGUUGCUCCAGAUGUUUUGGGUGCUAAUUACUACUGGGACUAUCUUUGCUCUCCUUUGCCACAGCUGUUCUAUUUGCUAUUUGCAUGUCUUAAUAUUUUAUGGUUUUCUCCAGUUCUUUCUCUUGUCUCCAGAUAUGCCACGUCCACUAUCCAGACUUAUUUUUUUUUUUUAUCAACAACUGUUAAGUCUUGGGAAUGUUGGCAGGUGCUUGUCUGUAUCAUUAUAUUUUUUGGGUGAGGUAAGAUGACUGGAUGCCUACAUCUGUUUCAUUUCCUGCAGUAAAUUACCAGGAAGUCCCACUCCAGAGUCAUUUUGCAGGUAGCUGGAAUUAUGUAAAGCCCCGAACUGCAUUCUGUGGGUAUUUGAAACCUCUAAGACAGACAUGUCAAACUCACGAUGUCACAUGACAUCGCAUGACGUAUCUGAGCUUUUUUGCCGUUGCCGGCAAUGGGGUGGGCGCGGCUCUGGUAUGAUGAAACCGGCCCGCGGGCCAGCAGUUUGACACCCCUGCUCUAAGAGGUUAAUUCUAUGGUUGCAUUCCUCCCAUCCUACCUUUCUGUUUGAGGCCUUUAAGCUGCCCUCGUGCACAAUUCCUUCUCCUGCUAGAUUACACCGACGUUCCUGGGAGAGAAAUAACCACCGAUACAUUUGAAGCCAUCAGCAUUCUCCUUUAAUUACAUCAGAAUACAGUAAUGUAAAAAUUAUUUUUUUUAAAAAAAAAUAUUUACAAGUUAAAUCAGACAAUAGAUAAUUAAAAGCUACAUGGUUGCAAAAA